AACGCACGCUUUGAGUUUGUUGUCGAAUUUUUACUUUGGGCUUUAUGAUAACUGUUAACUCUACGAGCCUUCAUUUGAAAUUUGUUAGCAGUUGUUUGACUGUUUCUCAAACUUGACAAAUGCGCCUCCAAAAUCUUAUCCUUUGCUUAAUAAUAAUAUGCGUUUCUUUGUGUCCGCAAUGCACGUAUUCGUUGAGCGCAGGUGUGCCUGAGGGAUCGGCAAUCGGGACGCGGAUUGAUACUGCACCGGGAACCGGCUGGUCGUCGCCCGGCGUGGACAGCAGCGGUCAGACUGUGGAUAUUCCACUGGAUAUCGCGUCACCAUCGGGACGUUCCGCCGGUGGACCCGCUGCGAAAAACGAUAUUCAGGCACCGGAAGUGUCGGUACCCAUGGCCAACGGAUCAGCAUCUGCCAGUUCAGGAGGAAAGCCACGUUAGAAAAUCAUGGGAUCGUAUCCAGCUGUUGAAAACAAGAAACAAUGGAACAACAUUAAUUUCCUCCAGUUUAAUUGUUAUAGGAAUAAAUAUGUAUACUUCUAAGUUCUAUGCAAUGUCCAUGGCGCUGUUAGACGCGUAUACUAUUAUAGCGGCUACAAUCGCCGUUACGUUACAAGUUAGAAUUGCAAAUUUUAUGGAAUAUAGAUAUUCGGACAUGCAUGAGAUAUGUAUAAAACUUAAAAUUAUGUUGUGGACAAUGCAAAAUUCACUGCACUUGUAUAAUAUAGAUUGUACGAGCA